ACAGCUCACGGGCUGAGGCACCUCUCUGGACCUGGGGAAGAGGGGGAAAAGGGCCAGAAAGGCGAGAAGGGAGAUCAGGGAGAAAGAGGAAUCCAAGGACCCCAAGGGUUGAAGGGCUCCAUGGGAUUGCCGGGUCCACAGGGUCGUCUGGGUCCAGAGGGCAAGGAGGGUCCAGCAGGCACCGUCGGACUCCCUGGCGUUCCCGGAGAAGUGGGCUCACAGGGAGAACCGGGAGAACGGGGGAAAGAAGGCCCCAAAGGAGAGAAGGGCGACGGCGGAGGAAUCAUCGGACCGCCAGGCCCUCCCGGACCCAAAGGCGAAGCCGGCGAGGACGGAUCUGGAGGUCCGGGAGGAUCCAUGACUGGACCAAGAGGGUCGCGUGGGCCUAAGGGUGAGAGAGGUGUCCCUGGGCUUCCUGGAGACCCAGGAGAGAAAGGUGAAGCUGGAAUCGGCAUCAGAGGACCCACUGGCCCAAUGGGAGUGAAGGGAGAGCCGGGCUUUGAGGGUCCCCGAGGUCCCCCUGGGGUGUCUGGUCCCUCUGGGCAGCCAGGACUUGAGGGUCCCCCGGGUCGCGAUGGCAGGCCAGGCCCCCCUGGACCUCCUGGUGAACCGACGGCGCUACCAAUUGUCGGCGACAUGGGUGCUUUACUCAAGAAUGCCUGCAGCGUUUGCCAGACGCGGGUGCCAGGGCUGCCCGGCCAGAAGGGUGAGAAGGGCUCUCUCGGGCUGAGCGGUGCCCAGGGCUUGGAGGGCGAGAAGGGCGAUCAGGGUCUUCGUGGUCCAGUUGGUCAUCCAGGGAUAGAGGGCCCUAAGGGAGUGAAAGGAGAGCGUGGGUUCCCGGGGCCACUGGGCGACAAAGGAGACGAGGGUGCCCCAGGUGUACCUGGGUUCCCUGGUGCUACCGGCCACACCGGCUCUCAUGGUCCAGUUGGAAGAUCUGGCCCUGUUGGGCCACCAGGGACAAAGGGUGAAAGAGGCAAUGAAGGAACCCCUGGCAGACCCGGUCUCCCAGGUCCUCCGGGCGUUCCCUAUGUGGAGGGCAAAGGGAUGAGCAGUCUCUACAAACUACAGAGUGGGGGAGCCAGCAUUGGACAACCUGGACCGCCGGGCCUCCCUGGGCCCAAGGGAGACGAGGGGCAAGUGGGGGAGCCGGGCGCCAUGGGAUUGCCGGGGCUCGAGGGGCUGCCCGGUGCCAAGGGGGAUCCAGGCAUGGCAGGCCCUCCAGGGACUCCUGGCCCCGGGGGGAAGCCAGGGCCGCGUGGAGAGCCGGGGAUCCCAGGCGAGCCGGGUGAACGAGGGCCAAUAGGAGAGACCGGAUUCCCAGGACCGGAGGGACCCCAUGGUGUUCCUGGGAGGCCUGGGAAAGAUGGCAUUCCUGGAUACGAGGGCGCCACAGGUAGAACUGGGGACCGAGGCUCCAAAGGCGAACGUGGCGAUCCAGGAAUCCCCGGCGAGCGCGGCGUCCAGGGGGAGAGGGGGCGGUCCGGACAGCCAGGUACCCCAGGACAGAGGGGGGCCGGCGGACUGCAAGGACACAGGGGCGACCCAGGUCCACCAGGCCCCGCUGGCACCCCAGGACUCCCAGGGUUUCUGGGUGAUCCUGCCUCCAUGGAGGAAGUUAGAAGAUAUAUUCAAAAUGAAGUAGUGAGGAUCGUCGAAGAGAGGCUGGCGAGCUAUGCCCAGCUGCAGAAGACACCGGCGGCCAUUUUGGCUGCGCAGGUGCGGCACGGGGCCUCCAGGCCCCCCAGGCAACGACGGCUCCCCGGGGGCCGACAGGCCAGCCUGGGCCCCCAGGCCCUCAGGGUUACCGGGGUCAGAAAGGUGAGCGCGGUCAGAUGGGUUUGGGUCUCCAUGGAUCUCCAGGACCGACCGGGCCACCAGGUGCUCCAGGAGAGGCCCUACAGGGGCCACCCGGCCCCCAGGGGGAGGAGGGCCCAGCUGGCAGAUGUGACCCCAGCGACUGCCACGCGGCCCACUCCCACUCCCGACGGCACGGCUAGUCCGCUCUCUCUCUCUCUCUCUCUCUCUCUCGCCCUGGCGAGGCGAGCACAGAACAUUCUCACGCUGGUGUACUGGCGCUGA